GUGCUGUGCUGUGCUGUAUCUCAGCCAGUGAUCUCUGUUUUAUCUUGUAUCUGUGUAGGUGCUGUAUCUCAGCCAGUGAUCUCUAUUGAUGGAACCAAAGGCUGGGGGGUGGUCCUGAAGUGUGAGUCUGGAGGCUGGUUUCCUGAACCUGUGAUGGAGUGGCUGGACAGUUCUGGAACCAUCCUCCCUGCUGAUGGACCUCCAGAGAGACACAGGGACUCAGAGGACCUCUACGCUGUGACACAACAUGCCACUGUGAACAAGACUGACACCAACAGGUUCACCUGUAGAGUUCACCAGACGGAGAUCAACCACCUGAAGGAGACAGAGAUUCAUGUCCCAGAUGACGUGUUUCCUAAAUCACAAGUAGGGUUGAUUGUUGGUCUGUCAAUAGCAGCAGUUGCAGUUCUUGCAGCUUCAGCUGGUGUCUACAAGUGGAGAAAACAUACAGGUGAGUUUAACCUUGAUGUCUGA